UACCAUCUGCAAGAAGAGCUCAGACACAAGCUGUGCCUCUGCCUGUUGCAUGUGUGUAUAUAUACGAAAGACCAGAUGAGCAUUUGCUGCAUCUGAAGACCAGUUACUGAGUCCACAGGCAAUCUACAGCCAUGGCAGGAAAAGCCCACAGGUUGAGCACCGAUGAGAGGGAGCAACUGCUGCCAAACCUGAAAGCUGUAGGAUGGAAUGAGGUGGAAGGGAGAGAUGCCAUCUUCAAAGAGUUCCAUUUCAAGGACUUCAGUCGGGCCUUUGGGUUCAUGACCAGAGUCGCUUUGCAGGCAGAAAAACUGGACCACCACCCUGAAUGGUUCAAUGUUUACAGCAAGGUUCACAUUAUCCUGAGCACACACGAGUGUGCAGGCUUAUCCGAGCGGGAUAUCAAUUUGGCCAGUUUCAUAGAGCAAGUUGCAGCUUCUCUGUCUUGAAUGAGGCUGGGAGUACAUAAGCCUGAAUUGGCUGAACAGCCACCAUCUCCUCUCUCAUUCUUAAAACUGAAGUUAGAACCAUUUGCUGGUUCCACACAGUUCCUGAUCCAGGCAGAAGACAAUGCUAUGCUCAGCUCCUCUUCCACCACAGCUCAAAGUUUCAGAGGGAAUAAGCUGCCCUAGCGUAAAAAUACUUCCUACUUUUCAGUCACCAGGACGAAAGCUGCCUUAUUUUUUGGUCCAGUGACUACCAGUGUAAAAUUGCUUGACCUCUGGCACUUUUGGCAUAUCUGGCCUUUAGCGGAAGAGAGUAAUAUUAUACAACUGUCAGUGCAAGCAGUUUGAGUUUAUUGUUACCCAGACAGUUGUGUGCUUGCUUCUUACUUUACAAUUAUACUGUUUUGUCUACAGUGAAGCCUAUGUCCCCUGGUCUCUUCUGUUAGCAGACCAGUAUCUGUGAUGUGCAGUUUGGUUACAUUUGUAAGCUUUGUUCAAAUAGUAUUAUAUCAGGUAUGCGGGGUUACCUGUGUUGCAACUGGCCAUAAUACAGAGCUGGGAGCCAGGAAUGUCAGCUGAAAAUAUCUAAGUGUUUACAAUAAAGUUC